UUGCCAAAAUUGGCUCAAGAAAAGCGUUUUUCCUUUUUUCUCUUCUUUCCCUCCUCUUUUUCUUUUCUUUCUUUCUCCCCCUGCUCCCUCUUCUAGUUCUUUCCUUUUCCACCGAGAGACCGAGAGAGAGCUGGAGAGAAAACCGGAGAGAAUCUGGGGGAGAAUUUCGGUGGGCUAGCCACCGUUGGGGGUGGACGACGGCGCCGGGAAAGCUAAGGGACGUAUUUUCUCGGCAUUUUCUCGUUACCCAAACAUGGAGAAGUUCAUUUUUGGGUACUAUGAAGGUGGCAUUUCAUCAGUUUAUAUGCGGCAUUUCAUCAGUUUCUUUCUAAUAAAGAAAGAUGGCUCAAAGACAGGGCAGGGUCGAAGGGGUUACCUGCAGGAGGGGGCAUGGGGUGCUAUACAUGUCAUUGAGGUGGGACCAGAGGAGGAAGGAACAGCUCAUUACCGUUUAACCAGUACGGUCAUGCUAUCUUUGACUACGGAUAACGAGUCAUCAGGCACAUUUAGCUUGUCUGGAUCAAUUAGACGACAGAACUGUCCGUUCCAAAUUCAGUCCUAAAUUGGUUUGAAUUGAUGACCUUGAGAUGACUUUGAAGUUUGACAAAAGCUCUCGUUCUAGGUGUCGUUCCAAGACAGUUCAAACUGGUCUAUAUAAGGAUACCAAAUGCAUGUCCAUAGACACAAUUUUAGGUUAUUUUACUUUGUGCUAAAAGAGGUCUCUUUGUUCUUAGAGCCUUCGUGUUGUUCCACUCGUAGAAUUUAUUUAUUUUAACCAACACAACCUUAGAUCUCACAAAAAGUAUUAAGCCUAUUGGAGUUUCGGUAAAAGCAAUCAAGUAGAAUUAUUGUCCAAAGGUUCUUAAAGAACUACUGCUGUAGCAAGCAAGCGGGUCAUUUGUUUAGUACUAGGGUGUUUCAAUUGCAAAGGUUUUGUAAGUUUGAACAUCUUGUAAUUUCUUAUUCUUUUAUAAUGAAUUGAUUUCCUGGGUUUGGCUGCCUUGAAA